ACUACGCUCCUUUUCUCUUCUAAAUCCGCCUUCACCCAACUGCAUAACCUGCUAUCCACUUCUUUAUUGGUUUGACUUCUGUGUUUUGCCUCUCUUCCUUUGCAUUCCGAACUUGCCUUGGCCUUCGGAUGGAUCAUCUGCAGCCUUUCACCUUUGGUUCGCCUCGGCAUACCCAUUCAGAACCCAAGGCCAAACCUGCGCCGCUAGAUCGGCCUUCCUUUACAUUCAUCGAUCACGACGAUGACUUGACCUCCAAGAGGAUUAAAGAUGUCAAUGCACGCAAGGCUAUUCGCUCCCAUGUUAUGCGCGAUGUACGCCGACGUGAGAGACUCGCUGGGUUAAAACGAACAUCCAGACAGAAUCGCGGGCAAUCCGAUACUUCCAAGACCGUCGAUGAAUCAGAUGAACAAAGACUGGUGUUGAGGGCUUCACCUCAGUCUUCGGCUUCGUCUUCCAUACUGGAGACAGACUCUGGAGACGGUUUUACCUCAAUUUAUCGUGGGCGUCCUCUUAGGUGGUGUGCUGGUUAUCCUUUGCCUCUCCAUUCAAAUCCUAAUCCACCCACAUCAUGGUUUCUUGAUCCUUUCUUUACAUUGCCCGGUACCAGUGAGCUUCCGUCGAUGGUUGCACACUUGGUGUACUACUGGAAAACGAUAUUCGUACCGAUGACCUUUCCGAACACGAGCAAAGAUUCGAACCAAGAGAUGGAACUAAUGGUUCGAUCCUCAUUCUCGGAUCCGGGUAGUUUCUUUGGGCUGAUGAGCAUGUGUGCUGCACAUCGUGCCGUUCUCGCGAGCCAGCGAUCGGGUAAUUGGGAUUCGGUACUCACCGACGACCCUGACUAUUGUAUGAUGAGAGCAAAGUCCAUUCAAGAAAUGAGCGCAAAAGUACGGGAUCCGAGUCGCAGACUCAGUAAUGAAGCGUUCGACACCAUAAUCAACCUUCUCACUGGUUCGCUGAUUAUCGGAGAGUUUAGCGAGGUGCAUACGCACCUAACAGGACUUAAAAGUAUGGUUGAUCUGAGGGGUGGAAUAACGGAUGAGAGUAUCCGUUCUUCCUCUAUGUUGUCUGCCAUCAUCACAACCGAUAUCAAAGCCGCCUCGGGCCUAAUGACCCAACCAGUUUUCCCAUUAACUUGGGAUGCACAGCCAAUCCCUUCGGAGAUCCAACAACGAAUUAGACCACCGGCUUCGUCUCCUCUCAACAGACUAGGCACGGGAUUUUCUGCCAAUACAUUCCUCAGCCCCUCUUUAUUGAAAAUUAUAAGUGUGCUUCGUGACAUGGUAUUCUUUAGCAUCACUUAUCAGACGAAUCCUACAGCCAUUAAACCUGGUGACCAAGACUUUUUCCGCAUCCUCAACUGCGAAGCAGAGCACCAACUUCUCAGCUAUAUCUAUGCAGAAGGUUCUACCAACCCGGAGUCCAAUCUUCAUCCCAUUGAAGCAGUCACCCGAGUGGCUUCUAUUUGUUACCUCAAUCAUUUUCUGAUUGUCUCGCCUUCAUCAUCUGGAUUGGGUCGAGCCCUUACGAAACACCUCAAGACAGCUUUGGAUAGCUGCAAAUUGUCUCUUCUUGUGGGAUUGCCAAAUCAAAACUUUGGACUUUAUGUUUGGGCGUUAUUCGUUGGAGCCCAAGGUGCCCUUGGGCAGCCCGAGAGACAAUGGUUUGUGGAGCGGCUGGCCCGUGUCGCCAUGGUAUGUGGAUGGCAGUCGUGGGAGCAGAUUUCGAAACUUAUGGCCGAAUUUUUCUUUGUUGCAGCUUUGGACAGCUUGAAUUGGCGCUCUAUCUGGGACGAAGCGAUGACUGGGUUUGUGAUAUCCGAGUCGGAGGAAGUGGAAUUCUCAUCUCUUCUUGGAACGGGUGUUCUCUCCCUUACUUAA